UACCUUCGCAGCUGCCAUAGAAAACAAAAAUGGCAGCCCCCUUGGUGCGGCAUGCCAUGAGGAGAUGUUUAGCACACAACUGUGCUGUUACUGUAAGGAGGGGUUUGCGUUCUGGUGCAACACCAUCUGUCUUCACCAGGCUCUUACUAAAACUUGAUCACUAUUUCUAUGAUGUGGAGAGCUUUUUAUAUUUGAAAGAGUGGUGGAAGACAAAAGUGGUCAAGUUCCAGAAUAAGUAUUUUGGUUAUGUGCAAAAGAGGUAUGGUGCUCAAAUAGGAGCUGCAUAUUACAUCCUGGCUAUCAAAGGGAGCUUCAGAUUUGCUGGCCAGUCUCAAUGGUUUCGUCCAGACUCAACAGGAAUGUUCAGCUUUAUGAGGUCCCCUCAUGGACAAAUUGAAGAAGUGGAUCUGAGUGGCACCCUAAUAAACCUUAAUGGACUCGGCAACCUUAUAUCCCAGAAUAAACUGAAAACUCUCUCCUUACGAGGAUGUCCGGAAGUGGACGACUGGUUCCUUGCUCGUCUUCACGUCUUUAGAGACAGUCUGGUGGAAUUAGACCUGUCUGACUGCACUCAUGUGACUGUAGGAGGGCUCGCUGCAUUACAGAACCUCAGAAAACUAAAACGGCUGGACAUUUCUGGACUUCCUCGACUUCAGUGUCCAGGUCUGGUCCGGAUACUGUUGGAGGAAAUGCUACCUCACUGUCAGGUCAUUGGAGUUGAAAGUGAGCAGGGCAUGAUCCAGCCAGAAAGACAAGAGCCAACAGACAUUGAUGAUGCUUCCACACAGAGUGGGCUGAGACGUUCAUAAUGGAGGCUUAUGUAGCAUCAAACAACUGUUCUGCCAUUUUAACAAAGGGUUGUUCUGAAUGUUAUGUGCAUGAUUGUUGCAAAUUUUAUUGUAGAUAUAGAUUAUAUAAUGUUUUGAGACAAACACAAUAAAAGUUUGUGUUGUAAUGUGAAAUUUUA